GUUCGAGACAAAGGGUUAUGUGACAACUGCCUUAAGCGAGGACAUAGAGCAAAGAAUUGUUAUCAGAAAAAACAGUGUGAAAUGGAAUCCUGCGAGGGAAAACACCACACGUUGCUGCAUUCACCGAACAGCUCUAACCUUAAUCAACAGCCGAGCCAGAAUUCAAGUAACAAUACGAACAGUGCUAAGAAUUAUAAUGUCGUCAAGGCUGAUAGCGUAAACAGCGUCGAUGUUCCUGCCAAGGAGAAAAGAGUAUGUCUUCCAAUCGUGCCCGUAAAAGUUCGUGGAAAGAAAGGUCAGAGAUCUGUUGUCACCUACGCUCUUUUGGACCAAGGAUCAAACACGUCAUUGUGCGAGAAACGUCUACUUGAUCAGCUGGGAGUCGAAGGCGCCGAACGAACAUUCUCAUUGACAACUAUCGAAAAGGCAAACGUUCAGCGAAAGGGAUUAACCGCGAGUUUGGAAGUUACAGCUCUUGACUCAGACGAUGUCGUCGAGAUACCGACCGUUUGGACAGUCAAAAAAUUGCACAUCACUACAGAAGGUGCACCCAGAGAUGAAGACGUUCGUAGGUGGCCACAUCUAGCAGAAAUACAAAUACCUGAAAUAGACACUGAUGAAGUUACUUUACUCAUCGGCAAUGAUACGCCUGAAGCCUUUUGGGCGUUAGAAGAGAAACGAGGACAACGGAAGGAACCGUAUGCUGUCAAGACACUCCUUGGAUGGACCAUCGUAGGUCAGAUGACUGAGUCUACGCAUCAACAAAGCUUGAACGCACACUACAUAUCUUCCCACGAUGAUGAGCUUAAGGCUCAAGUUGAAAGAUUCUGGAGGACUGAUUUCGGAGAUUCAGUACUAAGUUCCGAAGAAUGCAUGUCAGCAGAAGAUAAAAGAGCGUUGUCUAUCAUGCAGGAAAGCACGGUCUUAUCUGAGGGUCACUACCAAAUGGCCCUGCCGUGGAGAAACAGCAGUUAUUGUACAUUGAACAAUCGACCGAUGGCUGAGUUUAGACUUGCGACACUAAAGCGAAGAUCCCUGAACGAUACUAGACUUUAUGAGAAAUACAAGGAAGUUAUAGAUGACCAUCUGACAAAGGGCUAUGCCCGUCGCCUUCCCAACGAGAAUGUUGACCAAGAGAGAGUGUGGUACCUACCCCACCAUGCUGUGAUUACCCCCAAGAAGCUACACGUGGUAUUCGACUGCGCCGCCAAAUGGAAAGGCAUGUCAUUAAAUGACCAACUAUUGCAAGGACCUGAUCAAACGAACAAUCUCGUAGGCGUCCUUACUAGAUUUCGCGAAGAGCCUUUAGCACUAGCAGCAGAUAUCGAAGCUAUGUUUUUGCAAGUUAAGGUUGAGCCAAAGGACUGUGACAUGCUUAGAUUCCUUUGGUGGCCUGAUGGAGAUCUUAGUCAACAGCCAGCAAAUUUUCAAAUGCUAGUCCACAUUUUUGGUGCAACGUCUUCGCCAAGUUGUGCGAAUUUUGCACUCAGAAAAACAGCUGACGAUAACCGAACCGAAUUUGAUGAUGAGAUUGUGAACAUCGUGCAUAGGAACUUCUAUGUGGAUGACAUGCUGAAGUCGACAAGUACUGUUGAAGGCGCUAUACGAACUGCAUCUGAAGUGACUGAACUGCUACGACGAGGAGGAUUUCGUCUCACAAAGUGGAUGAGCAAUAGCAAAGAAGUCCUCAAGUCGAUACCUGAAUAUGAAAGAGCUAAGGCUGUAAAGGAACUAGACUUUGAACGACUUCCGACGGAAAGAGCCUUAGGAGUUGAAUGGGAUGUCGAGAAAGAUUGCAUCGGAUUUAAGACACAGGUAAAGGAAAGGUCUCUUACAAGACGUGGGAUGUUAUCUAUAACGAGUUCUGUGUAUGAUCCAUUGGGUAUCGCUGCUCCAUUCGUCCUGUUAGCCAAGCUAAUCUUGCAAKAACUUUGUAGACAGCAACUAAAAUGGGAUGACCCAAUCCCUGAGCACAACCUCGUUGAGUGGAAGAGAUGGCUAGAAGACCUACCAAGACUGUCAAAUGUGAAGCUACCGAGAUGCGUGAAGUCACCUGACCUUGGAGACAUCGUCACCUAUGAAUUGCACCAUUUCGUAGAUGCUUCCCAGUCAGCUUAUGGCACCGUAUCGUACCUGCGGAUGGUUGACAUUAAUGGGGAAGUGCAUUGUUCAAUUCUGAACGGGAAGUCAAGGCUCGCUCCUGUAAAACCUGUGACCAUUCCCCGCUUAGAGUUAUCGGCAGCCGUUGUGGCAGUCAAAAUUGAUAAGAUGUUAACAACCGAGCUAGAUCUGCCGCUGACUGAGUCGACGUUCUGGACUGACUCUACAACAGUGCUUCAAUUCAUCAACAAACUUCUCAAGACGAUUCAACAUCUUCGUGGCACAUCGGAUUGCUAUCAUUCAUGAAGGUUCUACCCCCAAGCAGUGGAGAUAUGUGAAUACCAAAGACAAUCCAGCAGAUGAUGCGUCCAGAGGUUUGACCGCGGAGAAGAUGACAGGAGGGGAAGGAAGGCGAUGGUUGUGAGGCCCUGAGUUUUUAUGGAAAGGCCAAGAUUCGUGGCCAGCAUCAGUUCUCAAGCUAUCUGAGGUACCAAGUGACGACCCAGAAGUAAAGCGAGAGAGACAGGUCUAUAUGGCACAGCAAAGGGACUCAGAGCACUUCCUGCAACGAAUGUACGAGCACUUCUCUGAUUGGUAUCGCUUAAAGGUGGCCAUUGCCUGGAUGCUGAGAUUCAGAAACUACUUCGUAAACAAAUUCAGAAGGUCAAAGCACGAUAUUGAAGUUAAGCCUGCUACAAGAGGAAGAAUAACUGUGAAAGAGAUUCGAGAAGCAGAAGUUGCAAUUAUCAAGGAUGUACGAGGUCAAGCCUUCACAAAGGAAGUGAAUAUCUUGAGCAAACAGAUUGAGAAGUCGAAAGUCAAAGUUUCCACAAGAGAAAAACCCCUACCAAAGGCAAGUUGCAUUUUCAAGCUAGCC